AUGGGGAUUAUGCUUAAAGUGGGCAGAUCCCUUAUGCACGCCGGCGUCUUAACUCUAUCUGUUGAGCCACUGAAUUAUCGUGAUUUAUAUUCUCCCAAAUGCUCUAUCGGGCUGAAGUUUGGGGACCUUAGAGUUGAGGAUUUAACCUUUUGGAAAUUGGAACAAGAAAAAAUCUAUUGCCUAUACUUAAACAUUCGAAAUUCAAAUAUAGAAUACAACUCGUCAGACAAUGAGGAUGUUUGCAUUGCAUCUGUGAUCUGUAUAUAUCAUGCUGCAUUUCCAGUUGCACACUACUACCUGUCUCUUGCAACAAUUGUGAUCCAGUGCUCGAGGAUCGCCGAUAUCCUCUUCUCUAGCUCGUUUUUGCAGCUGGUAAAGGAAGAUGGCCGUUCUGAAGAGAUAACACAGAAGUUUAUCGGAAACGCCGCCUUUUCCGGCGGAGAUCGUCGUAUCGGGGAGAAGAUCGCGAUUGCAGAAGAUCGCGAUUGGAGAAGAUCGCAGAUUUCGGAGGCUAUCGCAGCUGGAGAAGAUCUCGAUUGGAGCCUGUUCAAUUCUUUGUUAUUGUUGUGUGGUUUUGAUGUUUUUCGAUCUGUUUAUGUUGUAAUGGUGGUUUCCGGUUUGAAUAUGGACUCUGCUAAUGGUGGUUGUGAUGAAGGUUAUUCCACAGACAUUGGUGUAGGAGGUAGUGCAUGUGAUAUAGAAAUAUCUCCUGGCAUGACUAAGUAUUGGCGUCCAAACUGUGCUGAAAGUUUGAAGCCUCACGUUGGGCAACGGUUUGUUUCCUUGGAUACUGCUUUUGGUUUUUAUAAACAAUAUGCUGGCUCCGUGGGUUUUGAUUGUAGGCAGAGCACAACUCAGAAGGGUAGGGAUGGCGGUGUUGUUUUGAAGCAGGUUGUAUGUAGUCGUGAGGGGUUCAAGAAGAGUUCGUCUAGUACUUCUUCUACCACACAAAGCAAUGUUGUGAAGCGACGUAGGUUGACAAAUAGGGUUGGGUGUAAGGCUAAAGUGGUGUUUAAGGUCAUUCCAAAUGGUUGCUAUCGUUUGCAUUUUUUUGAGGAACGCCAUACCCAUUCUAUGUGUUCAAUUAUUGCUAAGCAAUUUUUAAAGGUUAAUCGUAAUCUUGAUGCUGGGCAUCAAUUUUUUGUUGCAAGUUGUGUUCGAGCAAACAUUGGUCCUACUAGGUCGUAUAGGUUGUUUAAGGAGAUUGUUGGUGAGUAUUCUAAUGUUGGGGCUACAGGUGUGGACUUUAAAAACUUCAAAUGUGAUUUGAUGGCGUACAUUUUAAAUGGUGAUGCUCAAUUGUUCAUAGAUACAUUGUUUAAAAGGCGUGAAUUGUGUGAAGCAUUUGGUUUUGAAUACGAUGUUGAUGAUGGUGAUCAGCUUUCAAGGGUUUUCUUGGCGGACGCAGUAUCCAGGAAGAAUUUUUCUUUGUUUGGUGAUGUUGUUUCGUUUGAUGCUACAUACCGUACCAACAGGUAUAAUUUGGUUUUUGUCCCAUUUACUGGCAUUGAUAAUCAUAAGAGAUGUAUCACCUUUGGUGCUGGGUUGCUUACGAAGGAAGACAUAGACUCAUACGUUUGGCUUUUGGAGAGCUUUAAGAAAAUAAUGGGCCAUGAUCCUAUUUGUGUUGUUACAGAUCAAGAUCCAGCUUUGAAGGUUGUUGUUGCUCAAGUGUUUGGUGCCUCAAAACAUAGAUUUUGUAUGUGGCAUAUAAUGUGUAAGGUGGGAGAGAAGGUUGGACCAGUUUUAUCAAAAGAUGAGGUGUUUAGGAGGAAGUUGAAUGGCAUUGUUUGGGAUAAUUCACUUGAUCCCAACGCCUUUGAGUUGCGAUGGAAUCAUAUUAUGGAGGAAUAUGGGUUGGGUGAUAAUGGUUGGUUUCGUUACUUGUUUGAGUCUCGUACAUUUUGGGCACCUCCAUACUUUCAUGAUGAUUUUAUGGCCGGUUUAGUUAGGACUACGUCUAGAUCGGAGUCUCAAAAUAGUUCUUUUGGCAGUUUCUCUAAUGGACAUUCUAGUUUGGUUGAGUUUCUGGUGCACUAUGACACUGCUAUUGGUGCACAGCGGCAUGCCCAAGCAAAAUUGAAUGCUGAUUGUGAAGCUUGCUUUCCAGUUUUGAAGACACCAUUGACCUUGGAGCGGCAUGCCAUGGCUGUUUACACAAUUUCUAUAUUUUAUGACAUUCAAGAAGAGAUUUGUUCGGCUUGUUUUUCUUGUCAAGUGGUGUCUUUGACUAAUAUUGAUGGUUGCGUGUCAUAUGUGAUAAAAAAUGGUGACCAUAGGACAUGGCGUGUGCAGUAUUUGGUGCAUCGGUGGACAAAGGGUGCAUGUUUGCACCCAAUAUUUCAUAUUGAUGGUACACUUGUUGAUCAAUCUGCUAAAGUGGAGAAUGUUAGGGCGCUUACCAAUCUUAUGUGGUCUGAUAUUUAUGCUUGUGUGGGGUUGGCUGAUGGUAAUAUUGACCGUUUGUCACAGUUACGACGUGUUAUUAAUGAGCAAAGGCAAAUAUUUCUACAGGAUGGGAGUGAGAAUGGGAAUGGGGCUGCUGUUGGUAGCAAGCAAAGUGUGAUUAAUUCGUUUUGUGGAGAUGUGUCUAUGGGUUCGACAGUGGAUGUGCAUGACCCUGUCCAAGCUAAGAACAAGGGUAGUGGUAAGCGAUUGAAGAGCGCAAGGGAAAGAGCUGCAAGCAAGUGUGCAAAGCAAUCAAGGAGAUGCCACACUUGUGAUGAAUAUGGCCAUAAUAGUAGGACAUGCCCUUUAAAUACUUGA